ACACAAGCUUCAGAGAAACUUGAGCACGACUACAGGGCAGCAUGUCUAAUAUUGCAAAAGUUCUUUCUAGGAGGCAGGACAGAGGAGAAGGAGUGGGAACAAAUGAGAAGGCGAUUCCUUUCAACAAGCAGGACUACCAGAGCCUGAAGCAGGAGUGUCUGGCGAAAGGAACCCUGUUCUGUGACCCGACCUUCCCUGCUGAAUCUGACUCUCUGGGAUACAAUGAACUCGGGCAGCAGUCCCCCAAGACCAGAGGAGUGCAGUGGAAGAGACCUAAGGAACUCUGCUCAAAACCUCAGUUCAUUGUGGACGGCGCUGAGCGGACAGACAUCUGCCGGGGAGCUUUAGGUGACUGUUGGUUGCUGGCGGCUAUUACAUCUUUGACUCUGGAAAAAGAGAUUCUGAAACGUGUAGUUCCACAUGGACAGAGUUUUACAGAGAACUAUGCUGGCAUUUUUCACUUUCAGUUCUGGCAGUACGGUCAAUGGAUGGAUGUUGUCAUUGAUGACCGGCUGCCUACCAGAGAUGGGAAGCUGCUGUUUGUUCAUUCAGCCGAGGGCUCUGAGUUCUGGAGUGCUCUGAUGGAAAAGGCCUAUGCAAAGUUAAAUGGCUCAUAUGAAGCUCUGUCGGGAGGUUGGUCCACUGAGGGUUUUGAGGAUUUCACAGGAGGCAUCGCUGAGAACUAUGAGCUGAACAAAGCUCCUCCGUACCUGUUUAAGCUCAUGCAGAAAGCACUGACGCUGGGAUCAUUACUUGGCAGCUCCAUUGAUCAGAUUACCAGUUCGCGUGAGUCGGAGGCGGUGACGAGUCUGAAGCUGGUGAAGGGUCAUGCCUACUCCAUCACAGGUGCAGAGGAGGUUCAUUCCUACGGCCGUCUGGUUCAGCUGGUGCGUAUCAGGAACCCAUGGGGUCAGGUGGAGUGGACAGGCCCUUGGAGUGACAAUUCCAAAGAGUGGAACAGCGUCCAACCAGAGGAGAAAGCUAAAUUGGUUCAUUCAGCUGAAGAUGGAGAGUUCUGGAUGGCGUAUUCAGACUUCAUACAGCAAUUCUCGAAGUUGGAGAUCUGUAAUCUGACUCCAGACACUCUUUCAAGCGAAGAUGUGAGCCGCUGGAACUACAACAAGUUAGAAGGCGACUGGAGGGUGGGAUCCACCGCAGGGGGCUGCAGGAACAACCCAGCAACAUUCUGCUCAAACCCUCAGUUUGUGAUCAAGCUGGAGGAAGAAGAUGAUGAUCCUCUUGAUGGAGAGGACGGCUGCACGAUCCUAGUGGGUCUGAUGCAGAAAGAGAGUCGUAAAGACAAGCGGUUUGGACGAGACCUGAACACCAUUGGCUUCACUAUCUAUAAGGUUCCAAAUGAGUUCAGGGGACGCAAUAACGUUCAUCUCGGUCCUGACAUACUGCUGCGUCAGCAGUCCAUUGCAGGGAACAACACCUUCACACGAACUGAUGUGAAGACGGAUGGAUUUAGUAUGGAAACCUGUCGCCACAUUAUCAGUCUGCUAGAUAGAGACGGCAGCGGCAAACUUGGCCUUGUGGAGUUUCACAUACUGUGGAUAAAGAUCCAGAAAUAUUUGGAGGUUUUUAAGAAACAUGAUGCAGACAACUCAGGCACUAUGAGUUCCCAUGAGAUGAGAGAUGCCGUGAAAGAAGCAGGAUUCCAGCUGAACAAUGACGUACUUCAGGUGAUAAUCUCACAUUAUGCCAAUCAGCAGUACGCCAUUGACUUUGAUUGCUUCGUUGGCUGCCUGAUUCACCUGGAAAUGCUCUUCAACAUGUUUAAAAUGCUGGAUAAGAAGAACAGUGGGAAAAUCGAGCUGGAUAUCCUGCAGUGGCUCUGCUUGGCGCUCAAUUGA